AAGACUGUGGCGCACGCGCAGUCACCGCUUCCGCGACGUACCUAGCCAUCUUUCCAGUCAAGCAAAAGUGAAUUGUUUUCAGCCUUAGUCUUAUUUAACGGAACUUUUAUUAAUGUCAGAGCCACAGUCCGCGCUUCUACUACGAAAACAAUUAGCAGAGUUAAAUAAAAACCCAGUGGAAGGGUUUUCGGCAGGCCUCAUUGACGACAAUGAUAUUUAUAGAUGGGAAGUACUUAUUAUUGGACCUCCGGAUACGUUAUACGAAGGUGGAUUUUUCAAAGCACAUUUACAAUUUCCAAAAGAAUAUCCACUUAGGCCACCAAGAAUGAAAUUUAUAACUGAAAUUUGGCAUCCAAACAUCGAGAAAAAUGGUGAUGUAUGUAUAUCGAUUUUACAUGAGCCUGGAGAUGAUAAAUGGGGCUAUGAGAAAGCGUCGGAACGGUGGUUGCCAGUUCACACAGUCGAGACUAUUCUCAUAAGCGUUAUUAGUAUGCUCGCAGAUCCAAAUGACGAAAGUCCUGCUAACGUGGAUGCUGCCAAAGAAUGGCGGGAGAGUUAUACAGAAUUCAAACGAAAGGUGGCAAGGUGCGUCAGAAAAAGCCAAGAGGAGUGUUUGUAGGGGAUGAAUAAAUAUUCAACUGGAAAGACUUAUUUAAUUCUGGCAAUUUUAAUUCAGGGAAGCCGUAAGCACUGGAAGAAAGAAACCGAUGCUCGACAUAAAGCUAACGGAUAACAGUGCCACUAAAAACGGAUUAAGCCUGACCCAUCCUUACGCUGAGAGAGGGGAAAAGAGCGUGUGAAAAACUAAGACAAAUUCGCACGUCUCUAUCGAAUCAAUUAAAGCCACACCGUCACCGAUGUACCAUCCAUCGAUAUAUGAAGAUCAUGAAGAGAACACAUACACAGCUCACCUUUUUCAUAAUAAACAGCUAAAACUAAUUUACACGUAUACAUAAUGCAAAAAAAUCAUCUGUACGAUUAUUACCUUAAUAUUAAUAGUUAAUGUAAACUUAACUUCCCCACUUCUCCUGUACCCACGAUAAAUCCCAUCGCCCUCCGCCCGAAGAAAAAACAAAAAAAAAAAAAAAAAUAAGAAAAAAAAAACAAAACCUUGUAAUUUAAAAUAAUACGUUUAUGUUUAUCGAUCAAUAAUAAUUCCUUAGUGUCGUUUCGUAUUUUCUUACUUUCGUAAAUAUAUAUAAAUAAAUUUUUGUAAAGUUCGAAAAACGGGAUAUACUACAAUCGUUGAAUGUAAUGUCAGCAAAAUGGAAGAAGAAAUACAUGCGAAUUAAUUGUAAACUGUUGCGGAUGAAAUAUUGUCAGUUAAUAAUAAUAAUGAUAAUGAUAAUGAUAAUAGACAGCGUAUUAAAAACGCAACGAUGUAAAAACAAAAGAAAAAGAAAGAAAAAAAGAAUGUCAAAUUCCGCAGAUUCGUGCGUUGCCAAAAUAAUGAUGAAUUCUAAUCGAAGUGAUAAUAAUACUAGUAAUAACGAAUAAUAAUAAUAAUAUUAUUAAUAAUAAUCUACUAUUGUCAGCUAGCGAACAUUUUACGUAAGAAUUGGGUACAAUUUGUACUAACUUUUGAAUGGUGCCACCAUAUUGACGAAACAAGUCGCUGUUUAUCUUCUUCCCUUCUUUUAAAUCUGAAGUUAUACGGUUAUACGCCAUAGGAAAAAAAAGAAAGAAAAAAAAAAAAAAAAGGUUUAACUUAAAAUCGAAACGAUUUUUGUCCAACUUUACAUCAUUUGGUAUUGUCAAUUAAAUUUUAAAACUGAAGUGCA